UGUCCCUCAGAUUCUCAGAUAAUACUUAGUACUGUAGUUGGGUUCAUGUACUCUGUAUUCUGCUUUUUCUUUUUCUUUUAUUUUUGCCCCACUCGUGAAUUGUGGAGGUUUGCAUUAGCACAUAUGGAGCUUUAACUGGUUCUUAUCUGGGUUUUAGUUGUCACUGAUCAGGUUGGAGAGUCUCUUGUUUUCCUCUGAUCUUCUAUGGGCUUAUGAGUAAGAACAUGUGCAAAGAAUUGUGGAUUCUACGGUUUGGGUCUUGAAAUCUUGUGCAUCAUAGGAUUUGAGACUCAUACAUAGAGAAUUAGAGGUGUGUAUAAUAUAUACACAUAAUAUAGAGAGGUUAAGAUAAACAAAUAAGGGGAGGUUUGAUGUGUCAGUGGUGAGCAAGUGGGGGUGUCUCUUGUUUUGAGAAUUAUUAUAGUGUUUGAGAGGGUGUGGCUCUGUUGUUUAUGUCUCCUAGACUGACCAUUUGUGCCCGGGGUCCGUGGGCUCUGUUACCAAGCUAGGUAACAAACUCUUCUUUCAGUCUCUUCCCAUUCAAGAGAGCAAUUUGUUAACAAUUCACAACACCUCCCCAUUAUCUCUCUUUUCUCUCUUUCUCACUUGCCUUGAUUUGUGGGAAAGAUUCCAUCGUACUAGAACAUAAACCACUUUUUCACCUUUGAUCCAUCAUUUUCCAUUCGUUCAAACCCAUCACAUUAAAGAGUUCAAUUCCCACUUCUGAGGUUUUUCUUUUCUUUUCCGGGAAUUUCUUUUGCAGCUUUAUUCUCGGGUGUAUGAAGUUUUGAUUUUCCGUCGUGGUGGUGGAGGAAUUGCUGAGUUCGUUGAAUUUGGGAAGUGGAAUCUUGGAGGUGAAACUGAUCUUUUACUAUCCAAAAUGAAGUUUAUGAAACUUGGAUCAAAGGCUGACUCAUUUCAGACAGAUGGAGACAAUGUUAGGUAUGUCGCAACCGACUUGGCAACUGACAUAGUCAUUAAUGUGGGAGAGGUGAAAUUUUAUCUACAUAAGUUUCCCCUCUUGUCCAGGAGUGCCUGCUUGCAGAAGUUGGUUGCAGAUGCAAAUGAGGAAAACAACGAUGAAAUCUGCAUCCAUGAGAUUCCCGGUGGACCUGCCGCCUUUGAAAUAUGUGCAAAAUUCUGUUAUGGUAUGACGGUGACUCUCAAUGCAUACAAUGUGAUUGCAGCUCGUUGUGCGGCAGAGUAUCUGGAGAUGUAUGAAACUGUUGAAAAAGGAAACCUCAUUUACAAGAUUGAAGUCUUCCUCAAUUCAAGCAUCUUCCGGAGUUGGAAAGAUUCAAUCAUCGCUCUUCAAACUACAAAGUCUCUUCUUCCAUGGUCUGAGGAACUAAAGGUAGUCAGCCACUGCCUAGACUCUAUAGCUUCCAAAGCUUCUGUGGAUACUUCAAAAGUGGAAUGGUCCUACACCUAUAACCGGAAAAAACUUCCAUCAGAGAAUGGAAACGAUCCGCACUGGAAUGGGAUGAGAAAACAACAGAUUGUUCCGAAGGACUGGUGGGUAGAGGAUAUUUGUGAACUUCAAAUUGAUUCAUAUAAACGGGUCAUAACAACGAUUAAAACAAAGAGCAAAUUGUCCAGUGAUGUGAUUGGAGAAGCCUUAAAAGCAUAUGCCCUGAGAAGGUUGCCAGGGUUUCACAAAGGUACCAUACAAGGUGGGGACGCCAUAAAGAAUCGGUCGGUGGUUGAGACCAUAAUUUGGCUGCUGCCCGAUGAGAAAAGCAGUGUACCUUGUAGUUUCCUACUCAGAUUGCUACAAGCUGCUAUUGCAUUAGAAUGUGGAGAAAUAAGUGGAAAUGGGCUGAUGAGGAGAAUUGGUCAACAACUUGAUGAGGCCACGGUGGCUGACCUCUUGAUUCGAGCGCCAGUUGGGGAAUCAACUGUAUACGACAUUGAUAUAGUACAAAACCUAGUAGAGGAGUUCAUAAAGCAGGAAAAGAGCAAUGAGACUGAUUUUCAUGACGGAAAUGAAUUCCUAGAGAUUCGAAGCCCUGCGUUUGUUUCAGAUGCUUCCAAAAUGAAAGUUGCUAAGCUCAUUGAUGGCUACCUUGCUGAAAUUAGUAGGGAUCCCAAUUUACCUUUGUCAAAAUUUGUAGAUCUUGCACAAAUGGUAUCAGCCUUCUCAAGACCAUCUCAUGAUGGACUUUACCGUGCCAUUGACAUGUAUCUUAAGGAACACCGGGGGAUAAGUAAAAGUGAGAAAAAAAGAAUUUGCAAGCUGAUGGACUGCAAGAAGCUAUCAGUGGGUGCCUGCAUGCAUGCUGUGCAAAAUGAGCGGCUGCCCUUGAGAGUUGUCGUGCAGGUUCUCUACUUCGAGCAGGUCAGAACCACGACAUCAUCUGGCGGUUGCAGUACACCGGACUUGCCGUGUUCCGUCAGAGCUUUACUACCAGGUGGGUCCUAUGGGAGUUCAAGAUCUGCAACAACCAACACAGAAGAUGACUGGGAUGCUGUGGCAACAGCAGAGGAGCUUAAAGCUUUGAAAUGUGAAAUUACUACUCUAAAGUUAAGGGAUGGAGGAUGUGGCCUUGAUGGUACUAAAUUGAAUUGUGAAAAAGUUGUUGUCGACAAAGUGAAAGGAUUGCCCGUGUCAAAGAAGAACUUUUCGAAGUUCUGGUCGAGCAAAGACAGACACAGCGAGAAUAGCAGCUCAGACACAUCAGAUAGCCCUGCUUCUUCUUCCAAUGCGGAAGAAAUGAAGUCCACCCCUUCCAGAAGUAGGAGGCAAUAUUUGUCUUAGUGACAAACCAAAUUGCAAAGGGGAAAUUUGGGGUUUGAGUAAGCCUGUGAAAUUGUAUCGUCAGUUGACAAUUUUUUGAGGAAUACCCGGGCAUGUGGUUGCAAAGAUGAGCAGCCUGGGGGGUUUUGAGUUGUGUUGGUUGAAGUAUUCAUUGUAAUUUUGUUGUUUCCGAAAGAGAUAUAUGGAGGUCAUGAUUAUCUCUUACUGAUCAUUCUGUUUCAGAGAUGGUACUCACAAAAUGAUCAGUUUUGAUGUAACCACAAGUGGGAAAAGGGAAUGCUAGGUUUUGGCACUGGUUGUUGAUUGUGGUUCUGUUAAAUAGAGUUAUGAGGAUUUCUCUUUCUGCCAUGCUCCAAAACCCGAAACCCUAUUCCGCAAAUGGUGCAGAUACGUUACUUAAUGGAUUUUUAUCAUUUCUAUUUGGUAUA